AUGUUGGAGACGCGGUCGGUGCGUGCCGCUGACUCGGUGUGGGCGAACAAGCCGUUGCCGGCGCCUCACGCCAUGGCCAACGUAAGGCACGGAAAGAAUGCUCAGGACGACGUGUGCUAUGUGGUCGCGAAGUACGAUUACGCGGCGCAAGGCGCCCAGGAGUUGGACCUGCGCAAGAACGAGCGCUACCUCCUGCUGGACGACUCCAAGCACUGGUGGCGCGUGCAGAACGCGCGCAGCCAGUCUGGCUACGUGCCCAGCAACUACGUCAAGAAGGAGAAACCCUCGCUCUUUGACAGCAUAAAAAAGAAGGUGAAAAAGGGUUCCGGGUCGAAGACGCUCCCAUCGAACAGUUCGCCGGUGCGGGGUGGGGGUCCGGAGUCUCCAGGGGGUGGUGGGGGUGCGGGCAGUGGGGCGCGGCGCGUGGAUCCCGGCGAGGCGCUGGGCACGGCCGUGGUCAAGUACAACUACCAGGCGCAGCAGCCCGACGAGCUGUCGCUCACCAAGGGCACGCGUAUCCUCAUCCUCGAGAAAAGCAACGACGGCUGGUGGCGGGGACAGUACCAAGGACACACCGGCUGGUUUCCUUCGAAUUACACAAGCGAAGAAGGUGACAAUGAGGACCCGGUACACACCUAUGCUAUGGCUGAGAAUGUUCUCGACAUAGUGGUGGCGCUAUACUCGUUCACGUCGAGCAACGAGGCAGAGCUGUCGUUCGAGAAGGGCGACCGGCUGGAGAUCGUGGAGCGGCCGGCCUGUGACCCCGAGUGGUUCCGAGCGCGAGACUCGCGGGGGCAGCUGGGCCUUGUGCCGCGGAACUACCUGCAGGAGCUCGCCGACUACCUCACGCAGCCGUACAGUGAGGCCACCGAGGGUGCGCGCGGUGUGGCGGGGAGCGGCGGCGGCGCGAGCGCGGGCGGGGCGGCGGGCCGCGCCUGGUACUACGGCGCCAUCACGCGCAGCCACUGCGACGCGCUGCUCGACCAGCACGGACACGACGGGGACUUCCUCAUCCGCGACUCCGAGACCAACGUGGGUGACUACUCUGUGUCACUGAAGGCGCCGGGCCGCAACAAGCACUUCAGAGUACACGUGGAAGGCAACCUGUACUGCAUCGGGCAGCGCAAGUUCCCGACCCUGGACCAACUGGUGGCUCACUACCAGCGGGCACCCAUCUACACCAACAAGCAAGGAGAGAAGCUCUACCUUGUGCGUCCUCUGCCAAGAGCCAGCCAACAGUGCUGA